AUGAAUUUAGAACCACUAAAGUUUGAUACAAUGGAAGUUAAUACAUCAUUAGCUAAAAAGUUUUUUGAAGAUCAUCCUAAUUUAGUGGAACAACCCACCAAAACAGACUUAGAGAAUGAUACAUAUUUAAGAGGAGCUAUAGAAGAUUUACCUGAUAAAUUUAAAAAAUUGGUUAAAUUAAUUGAAAAAAAUACAGAUCUGUUUUGCCAAUUAGAAUAUUUAACAAGAAAAUUUCCAGUGAAAACAACCAAGAAUAAUGAUUUAAAGCUGUUGGUGAAUUAUUUAAAUUACCAUAGUAUUUGUAAUGAGCCAGUUACUGUUAGAAAUAUAAUAAAGAUUCCAACUAUAACAAUUUCUGACACAACGCCAUUACUAAAUUUGGGAUUGAUAGCAGAUGUUUUUCUUGCGGAAUUUAAAGAGGCAAUACUCAUAUCAACAACAAGAAAUGUUGCUGUUUGUACACUUUUUAAGGAACUUUGUGAAGAAGCUGGAUUAUCGGUACGGAUAAAAAUAAGGAGCCUGGAUUCUGCUAGCUUAUCCUAUUUUGAAAAAGAUUGGGGAAGUUGUGUGGGAAUCAUUACCAGACGAUCAGAUAUAGAGUCCGCUGUAGAUGUGUUCUUAAAUGCUCCAAUAAUGAAUAUCUGGGCUGUAAAAAUGAUAUAUGUUGAAGAGAGUGCAAUCGAACGCUUCAAACAGUUGAUUGGUUCGAAAGCUAUCCAAAAAACCGAAAAAAUAUCUCAUUUUUCUACUGAUACAUACCACUACAACAAUAAAGUAUACUUAUUUGAAUUUAUCAAAGACACAGUCGCCCAAAGCACACCUUCACAAAUGUAUAUUCCCAUACUGACAUACAGAACUGUCAAAGAUUUAUUAAGUUUGAUAAAGACCUCGCUCUGUGUUUCUCUGUGGUCCAGCGACGUUGCCGAAAGCAACGAAAUCGCCAAUUCUCUUAAAAGUAGCAUUGUAUGGAUAAAUGAUUUUGGUAAUUUCAACGGUUCUCCGCGCAUUGCACAGUCCUACUUCUCCCGCUUAAACCUUACUAAUAAUAAAAUCCAAACGAAACUUACACCUACAAUUCAACAUCUUAUGAAGCUACGCAGUGAAUGGGUGAAAAAAGAUAUUUAUGUUAGGAGAGAACUCGUCCUUGGUUAUUUGAAGGGCAUUAAAGGGAAAAAUACAAUUAAUUUCGACAUGGACAUUGUUGACAUUGGCAAGGACUUUAUGUGUGUCGGUAAAGUUAUGCCCGUCGAAAUAGUUUAUCUCGAAGAUAUUUCAUUGCAUGACGUUCUGAGGGCUAUUACUAGAGGUAGUGGUGUAUUGUAUUACUCGAAGGGAGAUAUAGAUGAGUAUUACUCUUAUUUGACCAAAAUAAAUGCUCCUAUUGUGUUUUUGGACAACGAAUUGUCAGACUCAUAUGACGGCGAAGUAUCCGUAUAUAAAAUACCUUCGGGCUGGACUAAAGCAAUUUGGACAAGUUUUGGCACAAUUUUUGCAAAUUAG